GCCAUAUAACCACGGUUCCAAUUCCCAUUAAUGGAGUCCGUUGCCUCCAAUUCACCAUCAUUGGACAACAACCGGCGGUUCAGACCCAUCCAGCCCAUAGUGGACCGCAUACUCCGAGCCCUCCGCCACGAUCUCCGCCUCCUCCAUCGCUCCGAAUCCAAGUUCUUUGUCUUGGGUGCCACCAGUAACGUCUACACCGUCACCUUAUCUGCGACCCCUUCGUGCACCUGCCCUGACCGCACAACACCAUGCAAACACAUUUUGUUCGUCUUGAUACGAGUAUUGGGUGUUUCUCUCAACGACACUUGCCUUCGGAGGAGGAAUCUCCGGCCAUGCCACCUCAACCGCCUACUUGGGACGCCUACUGUGCGUGAAACACUUGCGGGGGCCGGUGUUCGCGAGAGAUUCCAUCAAUUAUUCUUUCAAGCAAGGCCAGGCGCUUCGAGACCCAAUAUUGAGAUAGAAGACGGUACUACCUGCCCAAUUUGCCUAGAUGAGAUGAGAAAGUGGGAGAGAGUGGUAAGCUGUGGAACAUGUCGAAAUCCGAUUCAUGAAGAAUGCUUACAGAGGUGGAAGAGGAGUACGGGAAGAAGGGCGACUAGUUGUGUGAUAUGUAGGGCGAGGUGGCGGGAUAGGGCGGAUCAGGAAAGGUACCUGAACCUGGCUGCUUAUGUUAGCGAGGACAACAACGUAGGGGAGGAAGGUGGUCUCUGUGGUGGCUAAGUUUACUUGAUCAUUGGUUCACUUGGAAUUGAAGGAAAAAUGAUAUUCCUCUUUAUAAAAUACAUGUACAUAACAAUGUAAA